AUGCGUCUCAUCAACAUCGAGACGUUAAAACUUGAAACUUUUCUAGGCGAGGUUCCUCCUUAUGCCAUCUUAUCACAUACCUGGGGUGAGGGCGAAGUCACCCUUCAGGACCUCGACAGCGAUGAUCUUGAGGAAAAGCCUGGAUGGAAGAAGAUUGUGGGAUUCUGUCAAACCGUCACGGAGCAUUUAUCAGACCCGCCGCGAUAUGCUUGGGUCGAUACCUGCUGCAUCGACAAGACAAGCAGCGCUGAGCUGUCCGAGUCCAUCAAUGCCAUGUUUCGCUGGUACAAGGAGUCUGAUUGCUGUUUCGCAUAUCUCCAGGACGUGGAAUCCGAAAAUCUGGAGCGGUUAGAACAGUCUCGCUGGUUCACAAGAGGCUGGACACUUCAGGAACUACUGGCGCCAGUGACGGUCGACUUUUUCGAUCAAGAUUGGGACUUUAUCGGCACCAAGGUCGGCCUUGGCGAAAGGAUCUCGCAGAGGACCAACAUUGACAUCGAGACGCUCAGGACUGGAGAUUUAUCAGAAGCGAGUGUCUCUCAGAGGAUGUCGUGGGCUUCCAACAGACAGACAACGAGGCUUGAAGACAUUGCGUACUGCUUGCUCGGCAUCUUCGAUAUCAGCAUGACCAUGCUGUACGGUGAAGGAGAAAAGGCCUUCAUUCGACUUCAAGAAGAGAUUCUCAAGGAGUAUGACGACCAUACAAUAUUUGCAUGG